AUGGCCGCGCCGCUCUCCGCCGACGCGCUGUCCGGCAAGCGCCGCCGCGGGCCGGCCAAGCCGCGGCCCGGGGAGCGCGCGUCGGCGGCGGGUCUGAACGGGCGCGUGCUGCCACUGGACAGCCCCUGCCUGUUCCUGGGGUACACGGGGCCGCGCGCGGCGCUGCUGGUGGAGCGGCCCUGGGAGGAGGUGCUGGCCGCGCUGCCGCCGCCGCUGCUGCGCCACAAGUACGGCACCUGA